AUGUCCGCAAGUACAGACUCCGACUGUGGCUCCGGCUCAAAGUCCUGUACCUUCACCUGUCCCGCCGGUGGCACAUGGUACGUCUGCCCGGACGAGCCUUACUUCGUGGGCUGCUGCUCGUCCGACCCAUGCAGCAAUACCAACAGCAAUAAUACCUCUCCAUGCCCGAAUAUCCACCCAGCAUCGUUCGACACGGCUAUAUACGACAGCCUCGUGCCAAAUAACUGCAUCGACACCACCAGCGAUAACUGGUACACAUGCACCGGCACCGACCAGCCGUUCAUAGGCUGUUGUGCGUCGAAUGCCUGCGCCGAGACGACGGGGUGUCCAGAGGACGACGUGCGUGCGGCGGCUUGGAGCUCGUCGAGGGACGACCAAUUUACGUUAUUUCAGGAUGCGGAUCCGAAUGACGAUAAUGGUGGGGGAGAUGAUGGGCUUGGAGGCGGCGCGAUUGCAGGCAUUGUGGUUGGUGCUGUUGCUGCGGUGGUGAUUGUAAUUGCGCUUGUUUGGUGGUUUCUUCGCAGGAGGAAGAUGCAGAGGCAGGAUACACUCACGGGGAAGUCUUCGGGGAAUCAGUAUCCUCCGUCACCGUAUCAGGACUCGCACUUCUCCAGCCCCGGGCCAACAGCUGUCGGGACAAAUGCAGGAUACCUCUCUGUCUCGGGAGUCAGCAGCAACCCCUCGUCACCACCGCUGCCGUCGGAAUCUGGGCGAGUAAUAUCUGAGCUAUACUCAAACAACGGGGACGAGCAGCAUCUAUAUAACCAGGGAUCAGGCCAGCAUGGGCUGGGUGUGUUUGGUGCGAAUCCGCAGAUAAUGCCCGAGCUGGAUAACACGAGUAAACCAGCACAGGUCCAUGAGUUAGAUGGGGGGGAUCGGCGGUGA